AUGCCUCGUGAGAACCAGAAGAGAGGCCGCCGGGCCGAGAAGAAAGCGCAGAAGGAAGAUUCAAAGCGCAAACAUGAUGCGGCCUUCGAAGCUCCCUCCGCGAAGCGCAUCAAGCCGUCCUCCGACGACGCCGACGCCGACGGCACCGCGGACCAGACCUACGACGAUCCCUACACCGAGAACGCCGACUACAUUCCUCUUGAACCUGAGGACCAACAAGAGUAUGCAGGAAAUGAUGAAUCAGGGGAUAUGCCAUUCUACGGUCUGCUUGACGCCGACGAGUCAGAGUAUUUCUCGCGCGCCAACGAAAUGCUGGAAGCGAACCAAUUUGCCGAUGCUGAGGAGAAGAACCUGUUCGUUGAAAGUGUAUACCAAGAAGCCAAUGGGAAGGAGUUGAAGAUUGCCUGUAGCCAGGGCUGUUCAAGGCUCAUGGAAAAGCUGAUCUCUAUGUCGGACAUUCCCCAGAUCCGACGUAUUUUCAGCAAGUUUAUCGGCCACUUCCUUCAUCUUGUGCAACACCGCUUUGCCAGUCACUGCUGCGAGACCCUCUUCAUCAACGCAGCUCCCGCGGUCAUGGCGAAGACGCCAAAGUCUCAAAAUAAGCAAUCGAGCGAGGACGACGGAGACGCCGAGCCAGAGCAGUCACUUGCCGAAAUGUUCAUGACUGUCAUUGAGGAGCUAGAGGGAAACUGGGGAUAUCUUUUGACCGAACGAUUUGCGUCGCAUACCAUUCGUGUACUUCUGCUGGUUCUCGCCGGUGAGCCGGUCGAUGUCGUUUCGAGUGAUUCGAUUGUUGCCAGCCGGAAGAAGGAAAGGUUGGGUCUUACCGAUGCUGAUAAGGAGGAGAAAGCAUCCAAACAGAAGCGGAGCGUUCCCGAGUCAUUUGCUCCUGCACUGAAAAAGAUCAUGACUGAUAUGGUCUCUGGUUUGGACAACACCUACUUGAGAGCACUGGCGUCUCAUCCCAUUGGAAACCCUGUUCUCCAGGUCAUGUUGUUCCUGGAACUUUCCCACUUCGGGAAGUCCAGCGCCAAAGACUCCAAAUCCAUUUUGCGACGACUUGUCCCUGACGAAUCCUUUGAAGAAGGCACUGAAAGCGCAACCUUCAUCCGUGGCCUUCUUUACGACCCUGUCGGCUCACGCUUGGUUGAGACCAUGGUGCGCUACAUGCCAGGCAAGGUGUUCAAGAACCUCUACAAAAACAACAUCCGCGGUCGCAUUGGAUCGCUUUCCCGAAACACCACCGCCGGCUACGUUGUUCUGCGAACCCUGGAGAGACUUGGAAAGGACGAUCUGCAGAACGCGAUGGAACUGAUCAUUCCUGAAGUGCCGGGUCUGAUUGAGCGCGGACGUCUGAUCGUGCCUCGGGUUUUAAUUGAGCGGUGCGUGAUUCGCAAUGUCGACACCAAACCGUUUGCCAAGGCUCUCAAGGAGGCCUAUGACCAGGAUCCCUCGAUCCGACUUCGACAAAUGCUCCGACUUGACGGGACAACUGAUGGUCCUCAGCAGGACGCUGAAGAUGAAGUAAUGGAGGGCGCAGACGAUGGAGAGAAGAGGGAUGGAGGGAAAAAGGCGUCCUCUGGCUUCUCUGCAGAGAGACUCCAUGGCUCUCUCUUGGCACAGACGAUACUGACAGUUUCCGGGCCGCUCAGCGAGCUCGUCUACUCCAGCUUGCUUGCUCAGUCUUCCGACUUCAUCAUCCAACUCGCCAAAGAACCCACCUCCUCCCGCGUCCUCCAACAAGCCUUGACUCUUCCCACAUCCACCGGCCAGUUCCGCCGACAGUUCACUAUUCGCUUCCAGGGUCACAUCGUGGAACUUGCGCUCGAUAGCAGCGGGUCUCACGUGGUGGAUGCGCUUUGGUCGGCCACCAAGGACAUCUUUUUCGUCAAGGAGCGGCUGGCCCAGGAGCUUGCGCAAAGUGAAAUGACCUUGCGCGAUUCCUUCCUGGGUCGUGCCGUGUGGCGCAACUGGUCCAUGGACCUAUACAAACGCCGACGGGGCGAAUGGAAAGACCGGGCGAAGGGCAUUGAACGCCAGCCCGAAGAUAGUGAAGGCGCUGCCCGACCUAAAUCGAAGAUCGAGCUGGCACGGGAACGCUUUGCGGCCAAGCAGGCCGAGGCUGCGCCUGCGAGUCAAUGA